UUCUGAAACGCUAUUACUACAAUUUUGUUUUUGUUCAUGUAUUUUUAGUUUUUUUAAACCAGAGUUCUUUUUCCUUCUUUUAAUAACUGAAAUUGAGCAUUCAUAUUGAGCACCACCUGUCAAUUGCAGAGACGGUGUUGCUGGCAAGCAAAGGUCAGGCGGCUGAUCCUCUGCUCGCCACGACCACAAUCUCCUCCCCCAAUUUUAUUUGAAUUUCUCAUCCAAUCCAAAUCCUGAUUUUGUUUUCCCUCAUUACAAUUUUUAUGAUGCAAUUUCCGAAAAUUCGGAUCCUAUUCUGUUGAUUCGGUGCCGUUUUAUCUCUAUAUCUCCAUUGAUUGAUCGUGUUGAGAAAGAGAUAAAUCUUUGAUGCAAAGUUAGAUUUGGACUAGACUUUUGGUUCACACAAUUUAGUGAAGUGUUUGGUUUUGUUAAUAAUUAUUGAUUAGUUUUUGGAAUUUGAAGAAGAAUUUACGAAAAGAAAAAUUAGUAACAGAGAAAAAUGGUUACUAGUAAUUUGUUUCACUGUAGAAAGAAUUCGUGGCCUCCUGAAGAGUACAUCAGCAAGCACAGUUUGCAAUUAUUGGAUUUUGAUAGUGCUGCUCCACCUAAACAUGCAUGGAGAAGAAGAUUAAACAGCCAUGCCAAUAUUCUUAAAGAAUUCAGUGUUACAUUUACAGAAGCAAUAAAAAUGGUUCGGUUGGGCAUACGAUUAUGGUCAUAUGUCAGGGAGGAGGCGUCUCAUGGAAGGAAAGCCCCAAUAGAUCCCUUCACAAGGUUAAGUUGCAAGCCAUCAGCUUCACAAGGUGUUCCGCUUGGAGGAAUGGGAAGCGGAAGCAUAUCUAGAGGCUUCAGAGGCGAGUUUAGGCAGUGGCAAAUUGUACCUAGCAUAUGCGAAGCUUCACCUGUGAUGGCCAAUCAGUUCUCUGUUUUUAUUUCUCGAGAUGGAGGAACUAAAAAGUAUGCAUCAGUUUUGGCUCCUGGCCAACAUGAAGGAUUAGGGAAAGCUGACGAUGAGGGUAUAUCAUCAUGGGGCUGGAACUUAAACGGUCAGCAUUCUACAUAUCAUGCUUUAUUCCCAAGGGCAUGGACGAUAUAUGAUGGUGAACCAGACCCUGAACUGAAAAUUUCUUGCAGACAGAUCUCACCGUUCAUACCCCAUAAUUAUAGAGAUAGCAGUCUUCCUACUGCUGUUUUUGUCUAUACGUUGGUAAACACUGGGAAGGAGAGAGUGAACGUCAGCCUCCUCUUUACUUGGGUGAAUUCAAUUGGGGGAGUCUCACACUUGUCAGGAGAUCAUGUGAAUGAACCAUUCAUAGGCGAAGAUGGAGUCUCUGGGGUACUACUACAUCACAAGACUGCAAAGGGUCACCCUCCAGUUACUUUUGCAAUUGCUGCAUGUGACACUCAGAAUGUAAGCGUGACUGUUUUGCCAUCUUUUGGACUCUCGGGGGAAAGUAGUACCACAGCUAAAGAUAUGUGGGGAAAAAUGGUGCAGGAUGGACAAUUUGAUCGUGAAAAUUUUGAUUCUGGACCAACAAUGCCUUCAUUACCUGGAGAGACGCUCUGUGCUGCAGUCUCUGCUUCUGCGUGGGUGGAACCUCAUGGGAAGUGUACUGUUGCAUUUGCUCUUGCAUGGUCAUCGCCAAAGAUCAAAUUUUCUAAGGGAAGCUCAUACCAUAGGCGGUACACAAAAUUUUAUGGAACUUCUGAAAGAGCGUCUCAGAAUUUGGUCCAUGAUGCCCUAAAGAAUUACAAGUGGUGGGAGGAAGAAAUUGAGAAGUGGCAAAUUCCUAUCCUGACGGAUGAUAGGCUACCAGAAUGGUACAAGUUCACAUUGUUUAAUGAGCUCUACUUUCUUGUUGCUGGUGGAACUGUCUGGAUUGACUCUUCUUUACUGGCUGAAGAUUCAAUAAAGAGUUAUAAUCGGUCAAAAGAAAAGGAAACUGUGAAUUUGAACUCAACUGCAGUCCAAGUGAGCCAUGCAUUUGAAGCUACGGCUGCAUUUGAGGAAAAUGGAGUGUCAAAUGGAAAUUAUUCAAGCGAAGAUGAAUUAUCUGUGUCUCUGGAGAAAGGAAAUUUCAACCGUUCUUCAAAACCCUCGCCUUUGCUAGACUGGCAAAAUAACAACGACGAUGUUGGUCGGUUUCUUUACUUGGAAGGAGUUGAAUAUAUUAUGUGGUGCACCUAUGAUGUUCACUUCUAUGCUUCAUUUGCUCUUUUGGAAUUGUUUCCUAAAAUCGAACUCAAUAUUCAAAGAGAUUUUGCUAAAGCUUUGCUAUCCGAGGAUGGAAGAAAAGUGAAGUUCCUAGCAGAGGGUAAUGUCGGAAUCCGUAAGGUCAGAGGAGCUAUCCCACAUGAUCUUGGGACACAUGAUCCAUGGAAUGAAAUGAAUGCAUACAAUAUACAUGAUACAAGCAAGUGGAAGGAUCUGAAUCCAAAAUUUGUGCUCCAGGUGUAUAGAGACUUCGCUGCAACACAAGACAUGUCUUUUGGAGUUGAUGUCUGGCCUGCUGUUCGCUCUGCUAUGGAGUAUAUGGAACAAUUUGAUCGGGACGGGGAUGCUUUAAUUGAAAAUGAUGGAUUCCCAGAUCAGACUUAUGAUGCCUGGACAGUUCAUGGUGUAAGUGCUUACUGUGGUUGCCUAUGGCUUGCAGCGCUUGAAGCUGCUGCUGCAAUGGCCCUUCAAUUAGGCGAUAAUUAUUUUGCUGAAUUAUGCAAAAGCAAAUUUGUCAAGGCAAAAUCAGCAUUUGAAGCGAAGCUUUGGAAUGGUUCAUAUUUCAAUUAUGACAGUGGAUCAAGUAAUAACAGUAAAUCUAUACAAGCAGAUCAGUUGGCUGGGCAAUGGUAUGUUGCAUCUUCAGGCCUGCCUCCACUUUUUGAUGAGUCCAAAAUCAAGAGCACAUUGCAAAAAAUAUACGACUUCAACGUAAUGAAAGUUCGAGGAGGUAGGAUGGGUGCUGUAAAUGGUAUGCAUCCCAAUGGAAAGGUGGAUGAAACUUGUAUGCAGUCACGAGAAAUAUGGACCGGUGUGACCUAUGGUGUGGCAGCUACAAUGAUUCUUUCGGGAAUGGAGGACAAGGCAUUCACAACUGCUGAAGGCAUAUUCCUCGCAGGCUGGUCAGAAGAGGGCUAUGGAUACUGGUUCCAGACGCCUGAAGGAUGGACGACUGAUGGGCAUUUCCGCUCCCUUAUUUAUAUGAGGCCGCUUGCAAUUUGGGGCAUGCAAUGGGCGUUAUCGCUACCUAAAGCUAUUCUUGAUGCUCCAAAAAUCAAUAUCAUGGACAGACUUCUCUUGUCUCCUAGCACAAGAUUUGCUCUUCAUGAAACCGGAGUCAGAAAGAUUGCCACCAAAACCAAGUGCUUUGGAGAUUCUGUGUUCAACUGUUCAUGCUCAUGAUCAAAUGUAAGUUUCAUCACUUUUGUAAAGCAAAAUCUUUUAUAGCUUUCCCAGUACUCUUCCAGAAUAAAAUGCUGGAAAAAGUCUCUUUCUAGAGGCAGGCGAUAAACGCCAGGCUGUAACUUAGUAGUCAAUUAGUCACUUGAUGUAGAUGUUUUUUUUUGGUUCUUUAAUGCUAUUUGUUGGACGAUUCUUCGUCUCCGCACGAUCAUCCUGUCACCACAGACCGAAUAUUAGAGUCGUAAUCAUGGAUUCCUUGUCAGAGAAUGAGAUCAUUUGUAAAUUAUGUACUUUAUGAAAUUUUGUUGUGGACACAACCGAAUAACAUGAAAAUUUGUUUUAA